ACACUCAAAGGUAAAAUCAUCCAAGUUGGAGAAAGGAUACAAGUUCUUCUACGAGAAUUUUGUCUUCAAUUAUAGAGAUUGUGCUGCAUGCUGUUAGACCUGUGGAGUUAAAUGGAUGCUCCUGCUCGUGUGCUGCUGGAAUGGCUUUAUGCAACCAUGUUGUUGCACUCCUGUAUCAAACGGCUCACUACAGCACCAUGGGGCUGAAAAUUGUGCCAACCCCACUGUCCUGCACCGGUGUGCUUCAAUCAUGGCACCGUCCAAGGACACAGGGGAUUCGUCCCGAACCCACGGAUGAACUCGUGGUACGAAAGCCAAAGGCGCUAGGACGCAGUAGUGUCAAAUCUACUCUGUAUCGCGCUUACGCUGGACCCCUUCCUGACCCGGCAGUGUUGUCAGUUGGAGCCCAACUACGCAGCCAUCAGCCACAACCUGGCAUUUGCAAAAUCUUACACGGCCUCUCUGAACUGACUUUAGUGGACUCUAAAUUUGGACCAGUCCCUCGAGGUUCAGUUCUUUCUUAUCAGUGCACACCAGUAAUACCCCGAGAAAUCAUUAAGCAUCCAGAAGCUCCCUCAUUUCCACAACUUCCAUUAAUUAGUGGCUUAGAAUUAGAACGGCAUCUACAUUUUGUCCCCAAUUGUCAGCAGUUUUAUCACUUACAGAGUUUAGAACUAACCCGUGAAUGUGCAAGUAUCAUUGAAGAGAAUACAAGGGGCAGUCAGAGAAUCCUUUGUGGAAGGAAGUCCGACAGCCCCGCCUAA